GAGAGGCGGCGGCGGAGGUUCGGGCGCGGCGACGCGGCCUUCGGCGAUGAGGUCCUGGGCGGUGGGCCUCGGGCCGCCGCCGCCGCUGCCGCUGCCGCUGCCGCUGCUGCUGCUGCUCGGCGCCGCGUUGGUGCGCGGGCCGCCGCCUCCGCGCCGCUACACCCCGGACUGGCAGAGUCUGGACUCGCGGCCGCUGCCGGACUGGUUCGACAAGGCCAAGUUCGGGGUGUUCGUGCACUGGGGCGUGUUCGCGGUGCCGGCCUGGGGCAGCGAGUGGUUCUGGUGGCACUGGAAGGGCGAGGGGCUGCCGCAGUACGAGCAGUUCAUGAGCGAAAACUACCCGCCCGGCUUCAGCUACGCCGACUUCGGGCCGCAGUUCACGGCGCGCUUCUUCCACCCCGACACCUGGGCCGACCUCUUCCAGGCGGCGGGGGCCAGGUAUGUAGUCCUGACGACAAAGCAUCACGAAGGCUUCACAAACUGGCCAAGUUCUGUGUCUUGGAAUUGGAACUCUAAUGAUGUGGGUCCCCAUCGUGAUUUGGUUGGUGAGUUGGGAAGAGCCCUCCGGAAGAGGAACAUACGUUAUGGGCUCUACCACUCACUUUUAGAAUGGUUCCACCCACUGUACCUACUUGAUAAGAAAAACAACUUCACAACACAGUUUUUUGUCCGUGCAAAAACAAUGCCAGAACUAUAUGACCUUGUUAACAGGUAUGAACCUGACUUGAUUUGGUCUGAUGGAGAGUGGGAAUGUCCUGAUACUUACUGGAACUCUACAGAGUUUCUUUCUUGGCUCUACAAUGAUAGUCCAGUCAAGGAUCACGUAGUGGUAAAUGACCGGUGGGGUCAGAACUGUUCCUGUCACCAUGGAGGAUACUACAACUGUCAAGAUAAAUACAAGCCAGAGAGCGUGCCAGACCACAAGUGGGAAAUGUGUACCUCCAUAGACAAGGUCUCCUGGGGCUAUCGUCGUAACAUGGUGAUGUCGGACGUUGCAAGUGAAUGUGAAAUCAUCUCGGAACUGGUUCAGACAGUGAGCUUGGGAGGCAACUACCUCCUCAACAUUGGACCAACUAAAGAUGGACUGAUUGUCCCCAUCUUCCAAGAAAGGCUUGUUUCCAUUGGGAAGUGGCUAAGCAUCAAUGGGGAGGCUAUCUAUGCCUCUAAACCAUGGAGGGUACAACUGGAAAAGAACACGACGUCUGUGUGGUAUACCUCAAGAGGAAUGACUGUUUAUGCCAUUUUCCUGCGCUGGCCAGAAAAUGGAGUCUUAAGCCUUAAAUCCCCCGUAACUACCUCGACUACACAGAUAACGAUGCUGGGGAUCCAGAAAGAUCUGAAGUGGUCCAUGGAACCAGAAGAAGGUCUGCUCAUUUAUCUGCCCCAGUUACCACUCUUUACUCUGCCAGUUGAGUUUGGAUGGACUAUAAAGCUGACAGGAGUGGAAUGAUUGUUGGAGUUCAGGAGGAACUGCCUCCUGUUGGCUGCUUUGGUUUUCCUCUUAUAGCACCAUCAUUGUAAUAAACUACUUCUCUACUCAGAGAUGGCUUUUCCAACACAUUUUAAUCAAAGGAACUGAGUGCAUCAUACUGAUGUCUCAGUGGAUCAGAGAUCUGAGUUCCAUUGCUAGCAUACCUCUCUCUGAUCAGCAAGAGGCACUAGCUGGUUAAGCUCUGCGUUCAUCCUUCUAUUCCUAACUUGGGAAAUUAUCUACCCUGGAAACUUCCCUCCAUUCCUUGUGUUUGAAACCUAUUUCCUUACUCAAUGACUUCAGAUAAAGAAUGAGCCAAGUCACCCCAUUGCCUAUGGAAGAAGGUGAAGAGGAUCUGGCAAUCUCAACCAUACGCUGUGUGUUUAGCAUCAGUUGUCACCAGCACCCCUCCAAGAGGAGGAGAGCCUGGAAGGGAAGCAAGAGGCUAGCAAGGGCUGCCAAUGGUCAGCCUUUGGAAGUUUCCAUAGCAAACUAGGUGCUCAGAAAUUCUGUCUGUUUACAGUGAUAGGAUGAAGGAAAUGAAUGUGAUUCUGCCCUGCUUUUUAAAAUAUAAUCAAAUAAAUAAAUUUUUAUGUCAAAUCA